AUGGGGUUUCUGCGGAGCGGAUGGUCCACCUUCCCGCAAGCCUUAGUGUGGGCGGUUCGUGCCUUGACGGCUUUGCUUAUGGGAGCUGCACAGGGCAACAAGCAAGCAAUCUUGUGCGCUCGUCAUUUGUACAGUCGGGGAAUACGGCAUCUAGCCUCUCUAAUACAAACCGAGGCUGCGCUCACGGAUGAAACACUGGCAGCAGCUAUCCUGUUGGGUGGAUAUGAGGUUCUCGAUGGCAGCAGUGACCGUUCCUGGAUCAUCCACGCCCGUGGUAUCUCCCAGCUGAUGCGCGCCCGCGGACCCUCCGCGCAUGAACAGGGCAUGGGAAGGACGCUGCUCAUGUGCUGGCGACCUUACAUCGUCGCAGAUGCAUUCAUUCACGGAGGCCCAUGCUUUUUAGGCGAACCGGAGUGGGCACGCAAAUCAAUGACGAACGAGAUUGCCAAAGCGGAAGAUGCGCAGGGAAUGGGGAGUCUCAUAGGUCAGGUCGCGGAUUAUGCCUUCAAUGAAAUCGCCAAAUGCCCCGGGUAUUUAGCAACAUCUAAAGAAAUUGUCAUGGCACGUUCGCCUGGCUUGACAGUUGAGCUGGAUUCUCUGAUGAAUGAUGUCUCCCAAACAAGAGCAAAUCUUGUUCGGCUGGACCACAUGUUGCCAGCCACGGAACUGCCGGCGAAUUUCGUUGGAGUCAUUCCGUCGCAGUAUGCCACAACCUUGGUGCAAGCAUCCCGUGAGAGUAUCAACACUGCUGUUGUGUUACUCGACCACUUGCUGGCCACGCUUCUGUCCAUCUCUGGGUGCUCUAACGAGCCACAAUGGUUUGGUUCAACGGUGCACAUCGUCAACAUGCACAACGAUCAAUCAAAGCACCAUUCUACAACGAGACACGCUGCUGACCUUCUACCGAAUCAGCAAUGCGGAAGUUUCAGAGACCCAGAAGGCGCAGACCCAGAUACAUAUGCCAUAGGGGAUCGACUGGAUCGAUUUUCAUUAACCAUGGGGCUAGGGAGCCUGUCUCUGGAUGCAUGUGGUAUCCCACAACUAUCGGCGAAUGAUACCAUCCCAGGCUACUUUUCCACCUCUUCACCGCUGCAACUGCUCUGA